AAUCAAAGGUGACCGACAUCGUCCCUAGAACGAAAAGGACAGGCGAAGAGGAAAACAAUACAUACAUUUUUAAAAACAACGGAAGAUCAUGUAGCGAGAAGACAACAGCUGAAACCAGUGGUUAUCCGUCGAAUAACGAUGUCAUCUUGCAAACUUGUGGAUAUCAGGAAGCAUGCGUUAAAAAAAGGAACUCAGUGGUUGGGUUUUAGCGGUUGGAGAAGCGACACAGUUAUUAGUUAUUAUUAGUUGUAGUUUAUUUGAAUAGUUUAUGACUCUGGACUGGACCUGCAUCGAACCUCUUAACUUAAAAGUGCAACAGGUUGGAAGAUGGUGUCUUGGAUUAUAUCUAGGGUCAUCGUUCUUUUGUUUGGAACGCUGUAUCCUGCUUACUACUCUUUUAAAGCCGUCAAAUCCAAGAAUGUCAAAGAAUAUGUGCGAUGGAUGAUGUAUUGGAUUGUGUUUGCUCUUUACACAGUGGUGGAGACCAUCACAGACCUUUCUUUGGCUUGGUUUCCAGUUUACUACGAACUGAAAAUGGCUUUUGUCUUUUGGUUGCUGUCUCCCUACACCAGAGGAGCCAGUGUCCUCUACAGGAAGUUCCUACACCCUAUGCUGGCAUCCAAGGAGAGGGAGAUUGAUGAUUAUAUCGUUCAGGCCAGAGAGAGGAGUUACGAGACCAUGGUGAAUUUCGGACGUCAAGGUCUCACGAUUGCGGCUGCUGCUGCUGUCACCGCUGCUGUGAAGGGACAGGGUGCCAUCAGUGAACGUCUGAGGAGUUUCAGUAUUCCAGACUUGACGCAGUUACCCCCUGAACAAUCAGUGUUCUCAAACCCCAGCCGACGGGCCCUCCAGCCUGCUAACCCUAGCGCUGCCGAUUCUGAGCCAGAUAAACAAGCAGAGGAGGGGCACGAGGAGGAAACAGAUGGAGUAUUCUCCGAAGACGAGGCGUCAGUGCAAAAGGGUCUGCGAAGAUCUCAGAGUGUGAAACUCACCCGUGCCAAAGCUGCACGUAAAGAGCCUCGCUAUGGCUCUCUGAAGCUGAAACCCAGAAGGCGGCAGUUGAUUACAUCAUCCACUUUCGACCAUCCUUGAUUGUCCAUUACAAACCCACAUGGGAUCAGCAUCAAAACUGCAGUCUAAUCCUCGGUUUAAAACUGUUUAAUCCUAAACUUCGGAUUAAUGCUAAUGCUUUUUCAAAGCAGCACUAAACACAAAACUACAAACAGAUUUACAGCAUGAACAAUGACUUUUACAUUUAUUCAUUUAGUGGAUGCUUUUUCCAAAGUGAUUUACAGAUGUCAAAUACUAAAGUACAAGUGGCAAUGAUGCAGAAUGAUGAAUAGAGAAUAUUGCAUGCAGCAUUAUUUGUUCAGAAAAAAUUUUUAAUACCAAAGCCUAAUAUGAGUACAGGAAGACUAAGAAUGUACUAAAAAUGUCAUUUAAAAGUGGAUCUGAGUGCAUCUGAUCUGUAACUUGAAAUGAACAUGCCUUUGUAGAGACAUCUCUUAUUAGCAUAAUGUGGACACAAGAAACUCAGAUAUAUCCCUGAUGGCCUCGCUCUCCCUCUACAGGGCAGUCAAAGUCAAGGUUUCUGUAGUGUGCGCUCUUCAGCCUGUAAUUAAAUGGAGCAGGGGAAAAAACUGACUUAAAUAGUGCAUGUUAACAGGGUUCUGUGUAUGCUUGGGUGUUUCAGCUUGUUAAUGUUUACAUUUCUAUAGUUCACACAGAAUUAUAGUUCUUUCAUCAUUUAUUCACCCAUGUGUCAUUCCAAACCCAUAUUCUUUUUUUCUUUUUGUAAGGAAUGCAAAAGGCAUAUUAAAAAAAAUAUAUCCUGUACGCUCUUUUGCAUAUAAUUUAAAGUGUAAUAAGGAUUCGGCCUGUCAAGUAUACUCCAAAAUGACAGAUAAAGUGUCAUGAACAUGCUUUAUUUGACUACAUACAGUACAUCACUUAAAAUGCAAAAAACAAACAACAACAAGCCAUUUUUCUCAAGUUCAAUAUUGCAUUUUGUCUUUAGUGAAGUUAACAGUUAUUGACUCAUAAUCUUUGAAAUUCUAAAAUGGACUACUGAAAGUUUGGAAACUGUGCAUGUUGACACCAUUGGUUUAUUUCGGAACUAUCAUGUAAAAGGAAGAUUUAGAAUAAAAUGUAAUGUUCCAAAGAAUUCAUACAGGAAUGACAUGAAGAGUAAAUGGGUAAAUUUUUGUGUGAACUAUGCCUUUAACUUUAUAAUCUGUCAUGAAAUUGUGUAACUGUAAUCUUAAAUUGUUUUUAAGUAACAGUGGUUUUAAAAUACAUUUCUUAAGUUUGAAUGCCUUGGGAUUGUAUUUUUAAAAACAUUUUGUGCAAUCCAUUUCAGAGUGAUGUAUCUUCAUUUUAAUCAUGUUGGUUUGUGUACUUAGUCUAUCAUUGUAACGUUUUUAAGCCUUCUCUAAUUUAAAUAACAGCAUGCCGUAAUUAGCAUAUCAUGACCAAAACACUCCAGCUUUAUCUUUGCAAAGCAUGCCAGGAUAAGGCAUCCUAAGCGUGACAGAUUUAAGAGUGAAUCUGACUAGUUGACAGAAGACCGUUUGUACUGUACUUGUGUAAACAAUGGGAUGAUUUUUCCUUUGUGUGUGUGUGUUGGACAGAUAAAUGUGUGGGAAAAGCCUCUGAGGAUUCGGUUUGUUAGUUUGUCUUGUGUGAUAGAGGAAACCUGUUGAUUAGGGAUAUGUAUGCAGAUGUGUGACCAACAACGGCGUUGAAUGUGUUAGGAACUGGAUUUAAACCAGUAAUAAGGUUAAAAACAAAGUUUAUUUUCUUUGACUCAGAAUAUCAGGGAAUUUUGAAAGGCCUGGAAAAGUCAUAAAUGUGGAAAAAAUGUUAGGGGCAGGUAGACAUUUCUUUAAAGAAAAUGUAUUUUUUCUUGGUUUUUAUGCUUUAAGCUAUUUCAUGGGCAAGAUAUUGCUCUUUAUGAGUGCUGUAAAGUCAGCGUGAAAUUUUUCAAUUUUUCAAUUUUUUUUAUUAUUAUCCUGUACUUCUUAACAAAUUGAAGGGAAAAGCUUGUUGAAAUUCACUUAAAAAAAUUUUUUUACAGGAACAUUGUGUGUAUACAGAUUAUGACAUAAAUUAGCAGUACAUACACCAAUUAGUCAUUUUAGUCAUAAGCUCUUCUAGGUCUGUUUGUUAAUAAAAUAAAUGUUUUAUGUAUUGCCACGUUCUUAAUAGCACCUAGUUCAUGUUUGUCCGUCAUAUUGCAGUUCCUCCACUGACCACUAGAGGCAGUCACGUUAUGUUUUUCAACGUCACUCUUUGGUUUGGCAAGCAUAUUAAUUUACCAACAUUUGUAGUUUAGUACAUCUGCAAAGGUGCAUAAUUUAAAAGGUUUAACCC